GUCCAAGUCUCCCUCCUAUCAUGUUCUCUCUCUACUGUUUCUUCUCCAAUCUUUCCGGCGACAGUCAAAUCCUCCAAUCAAAGGGUUCAGUUUGAAUUCAAAGCUUUCCUAUCAACGAAUUCAGUGAAAAUCCGUCAGUUAUUUGAAAUUCCUUUGACCCGCCAUUGAGAAAGUCGGAUUUAUUGUUGAAUUGCAGGCUGCUGGCCCCUUUUCGAAUAAUACUUUACUCGAGCAGACAAGUCUUCGCCUGAAAAGCAGCGGUGGUUUCCUUUUCUUUCUGAGAAUCAAGAUAAACAAUUUUUCAUUUUUUUUAGGGUUUAGACGAGCUCUGCGGGAAUUGUGUUGUGAGAAUUAAUUAGGGUUAGGAAAAAGCUAUGGCGGAGUCGGACAACGAUUCGGGAGGACACAGCAGCAGGGAGCAGGACAGGUUCCUGCCGAUUGCCAACGUGAGCAGAAUCAUGAAGAAAGCGUUGCCGGCGAACGCUAAGAUAUCGAAGGACGCCAAGGAAACGGUGCAGGAAUGUGUGUCGGAGUUCAUAAGCUUCGUCACCGGCGAGGCAUCGGAUAAGUGCCAGAGGGAGAAGAGAAAGACUAUCAACGGCGACGAUUUGCUCUGGGCUAUGACGACUCUCGGCUUCGAAGAGUACGUUGAACCCUUGAAAGUGUAUUUGGCUAAGUACAGAGAGCUCGAGGGGGAGAAAGCAUCCAUGGGGAUGGGAGGGACCAAUAAAGAAGCAGGUAGCAGCAACAGUGGUGGCUCUGCUAUCACCUCCGCCGGCGCCGGAGGGUUCAAUGGCGGUGGAAUUUAUGGAGGUCCUGUGAUGGGAUUUCAUCAUGGAGGGCAGAUAUACGGCGGUGGUGGUGGUGAUUCCGGGGGAUUUCACCAUUUGGGGAAAGGGGGUUUAGGCAAUUCCGGUGGCUCCGGUAGCUAUGGCAGCGGUGGUGGCGGCGGAACUCCCACUGGGAGGUCAACAUAAGGUUAAAUACACAGUGACAUACACACAACAAGCAUUCACACACUGUGUUUAUAAUUGUUUUAGGAGUUUCACUUAUGCCCUUCUCUGUUCUUCAAGUUUUACAUACUUUUUUUUGUCGAAUAAAUAGAGUAGCUUAUCUUGCGUACGAGGGCUGGAAUGAUGACUAAUAAUGGACACACACAAUGAAAAUGAUUCAAACUCUGAAACGAUUAUAGACUGAAUUUUGUGAUCUUCAAUUCAAGUUAUGGAAUUCGGUAGUCUUUGAUUCUUGA